AACCAGGAAAGCCAAGGAGAUGGUUUGGGAGCCAGGGAAGGUGACGGGUAGACCUGAGGCAAAGCUAGCCAACAGGAAAGGGGUGUCCACGUCCAGGAACAAGAGGGACUGGAGGAUGUAGACAGAAAGUCAGAGGCAGAGAAAGAAACUGACAGAAAGACCUGGAGAGACAAAUCGACUUGGAGAGAGAGUGUGGCCAAGGAGAGAGGACACCCGGCCCCGGCCCCAUCCCUGUCUGCCCUAUUCCAGGAGGCCUUCGGUGCCAGAAUCUAACUCCCCAUUAACCUGGUGACCCCGAGAAGAGUGAGACUAAAGGAGAGGAGAUGGCCCAAAUCCUGCACAUGGAGUCUGCCUUCCCAGGGAAGCAUGGACCCACAUCCCCCACAGCUUUCCCAGGGAAGGAGCCAGAGCCCCCCUACUCGGUUGAGACUCCCUAUGGCUACCGGCUAGACUUGGACUUUCUCAAAUAUGUGGAUGACAUUGAGAAGGGCCACACCAUGAAGCGGGUGGCUGUGCACCGGCGCCCCCGACUCAGCUCCCUGCCCCGAGGGACUGGCUCCUGGUGGACCUCAACUGAGUCCUUGUGUUCGAAUGCCAGCGUAGACAGUCGCCACUCGGCCUACUCCUACUGUGGCAGAGGCUUUUACCCACAGUAUGGGGCCCUUGAGAGUCGAGGGGGUUUCAACCCCCGUGUGGAGAGAACCUUGUUGGAUGCCCGGCGAAAGCUGGAGGACCAGGCAGGUGGCGAGUGCAGUAGGCCACAGGCCGGAGGGCUGGGCAGCCUGACACCCAGCGCAGCUGGCUCCACGAGCUCCCUGGCUGGGGCCGGGCUCCCCCCACGCCUCUUGUCCACCCACAAUGGUGGCACACCACUGAGUUCCUCAGGGCUGUCCACACCCGUGUCACCCACACCAGGCCACCUACAGCAUGUGCGAGAGCAAAUGGCUGCUGCCCUGAGGAAGCUGCGUCACCUGGAGGAGCAGGUGAAACUCAUCCCCAUCCUUCAAGUCAAGGUAUCUGUGCUGCAGGAGGAAAAGCGACAGCUCAGUGUCCAGCUGAAAAGCCAGAAGUUCCUGGGUCACCCUGGGGCCCGUGCUGGGGCUGGAGGCCGGGGUCGAGGGGAGCUCUACCUGGACCUGCCGGAUCUUGCUGAGCCCUUCUCAGAUUUGGACCUAGAUGGGGAGAAGAAAGAAAGCCGCUCUGUGGGCGUGGGGCCAGAGGAUGCCAGCACCCAGAGAAGUGUGGGCACUUGGGUUCGGGAGAGGGACCUUGGGGCACCUGAGGGCCAGGCUGCCCUGACUGCCAAGAUCGCUGUGCUGGAGACACAGCUGAAGAAGGCCCUGCAGGAGCUGCAGGCAGCCCAGGGGCAGCAGCCAGUUCCAGCAUCAACACCAGUGACAGUUCCAGCAUCAGUACCAGCCCUUGCUCCCACCCCUGCCUCAGUGAGCCCCUCAGGGGUCAUUCAGGAAGGUCCUGAGCUUCCAGAAGCAAUGGGAGCACCAUCUGGCCAGUAUCCCCCUAGUGACUCCCGAAUCUGGCCACCGUCAGAUGGGCCCAUCAGGGUAGAUACAGUAAAGGUGGUCCAGGUGCAAGGAGAGCCUAAGAUUGCUGCCAGCACAGCCACAGGGACCCCAGCCCAGAGGGCCCAGAGCCUGGAGCCAUCUGGCCCUGCAGGACUUCGAGCUCUGGUGACGAGGAGUCCUGAGGGGAAUACCUGGAACCAACCCUCUAUAGCUGUGCACUGCACCCGGGAGGUGGUAGAGACCACUUUCCCAGGCCCUGUCAUUCCUGUCAUCCCUGCCAAUGUGCCACCUAGCACCUUCCACGUGGUAAAGAAAAUCAGUAUUACCACUGAGCCCUACCGGGAUGGGGAGAAAGACCAGGAGACUGCCCCUGGCCUGGGUCCCGGCUGCAAUGGACUGGCAGCUCCCUUUAGGGGCCUCGCUAAGCCUUCAGAGAUGCCCCCAGGGCCGGCAGCCACAAUUCCUCCUCAGUCCCUGGGAGAGCCAAGAACAACAGCCAUCAGCCACAGCUUCUCCAGGGAACAGAGUGGGAAUGUGGCGCUGCUGCGUGGGAAGGAGGAAGCUGAGGAAGGUUCAGCAGCCCUGCUGCAAGCAGGAAUCAAGUCCAUCAUGAAGAGGAAGGAGACCAGCACAGAUGUGCCCAACAGGAAGAACCUUCAGUUCAUAGGUGUCAAUGGCGGGUAUGAAUCUACAUCAUCUGAGGAUUCCAGCACAGCUGAAAAUUUCUCGGACAAUGAGAGUACAGAGAGUGAAUACCAUGAGGCCAAUGAGGGGCUCCCUGGGGCCAGCGAUGGAGGCCGGCCUAGAGGGGGAGGCUCAGUGGCAGAACCCACUUGGGGAGGCAAGGCUGGGACUGUACAAAGGAAAGAGCCUAUGGCUGAGGCAGCCCCCAGCCCAAAGGCAGAGGAUGAAAUCAGAUUGGAGCUUAGCGCAGACCUCAUCUCUGCCUGUCUGACCCUGCAGAAAUACCUGGAGAGUCCAGAUACCCUCACUGAGAAAGAGAUGAAAGCAGCAUACAGCACGGUGCUUCAGGACUGGCUGAGGCUCUCCUGCCACAAAGAUGCCCACCCGGAGGUAGUCCGCAGGCACAUGGUUACCUUCCGGGCCAUGUCACCCCAGCUGCUCCAGUUCAUCGUGAACAUGGCGGACGACAAUGGCAACACUGCCCUGCAUUACACCGUGUCCCACUCCAACUUCCCUGUGGUCAAGCAGCUGCUGGACACUGGUCUCUGCAAUGUGGACAAACAGAACCGAGCUGGCUACACAGCUAUCAUGCUGACUGCGUUGGCAGCCUUUCGGGCAGAGGGAGAUAUGGCCACCAUCCUGCAGCUGCUCAGACUUGGGAACGUCAACUUCAAAGCCAGCCAGGCAGGGCAGACAGCACUUAUGCUGGCUGUUAGCCAUGGCCGGAUUGACAUGGUCAAAGCCCUGCUGGCCUGUGCCGCUGAUGUCAACCUUCAAGAUGAUGAUGGUUCUACUGCCCUGAUGUGUGCUUGUGAGCAUGGCCAUGUGGAAAUCGCUCGUCUGCUUCUGGCUGUACCUGACUGUAACACAGCACUCACCGACCAUGAUGGCAGUACGGCUCUCUCCAUUGCCCUUGACAAUGGGCAAAAUGACAUUGCUGAGAUGCUAUACACGCACAUGAACUCGGCCAAAUCCUCGGGUCCUCCAAAGCAAACAACAGUCAAGAGUGCAGCUAUUUCACCCAGCAACAUUCAGUAGAAACGAUAGGACCUGCUGGCAGGACAGAGGACACAGAGCAUCCACAGUACCUGUCCAUCAGAGGGAAAGAAGGGAUGAUGCGGAGGAAAUACUUGGGAAUGCUCCUCUACCCUUAGGGUGGAAAACUAGCACUGUGACAGAAACCUAUACCAUACCUUUCCAUCUUAUCCCAUGUCCCUGACUGCUUGGCCACCUUGGCCUGAUUCCAUAACACCCAUGUCCAAAGGGCAGUUGGACUCUUUGGAAACUUCUUUCAGCCACCAAAGGAGAAUGUGGUGUCAGAUGGAAGGGUUUGCAAUUUCUUAAUGCUUUUUUUCUUUUUUUCCCCAAACUUGCAAACCCAAGCCAAAGCAAAGAUGUCUGUGGAUGGAAACUGAGUUCUGCUUCCACUGUGCAUGAAUUAAACAAAAGGGACCUAGGUCUGGGCACAGGGUGUUACCCCCAGCAACCAGCCCCAUGGGCACAGGAGGCAUUGGAGUUUUAUAUAAAGCUGUGAGGGAGGCCUCUUUCAGAGAAAUAAGCUUGAAAUAGUGAGAUGUUUGAGGAAAUUAUGAAAGUUUUUUUUUGUUUUUUAAAUAAGAAAAAAGCACUAUGUUAAAGCCUGAAUUUUAUAUUAAGGAUUAAGCUUGAGCUUUUUAUUAGGGUUUGAUGAAGUUGUGCAUGGUUUAGAAUGGGAUUUUGCACAUCUGGCUGGCAUUCCCUCUGCCUGCAUGCCUGUGGCCUGUAUGCCAUUCUACUCAGUCUUCAGAAGUGUGUUGCGCAAACUUCGUUUUGUAUCUGUUUUUAUGCCAAGCAUAGCAGAGUCAGUCUGUAUCAGACUGGGAGAACUUGGUCAUUUUCUCCCAGUCCUUUUUGCCCUUUCCCUGUCUAACCCAGGAGAUAAGCCCAGGAUCCCACCAGAGACUAGGACAGAGGGAGCUCUGCAUUCAGGACCACCUCAAAUGUGGCAGAGCUCAGCAGAGGAGCAAGAGGCCUUUCUAAGGCACUGACCGAGCUGGGCAUCUAAGCACAGCACUCCGUUCCUUAGAGCAUUAGACAAAGGGACCUUCAAGGUCAGCUUGUCAAACCUGACAGUUUUACAGAUGAAAAGAUGAAAUUAGAUCCAGUGACAAGGCCCAAGUCACAGAUACCUCGCUAGACACAUUGCCUGAUGGACAAGGCAGAGAUAAGAGUAGGUGACAUAAAAGUAGAUGCCCUAAGAGUAGAGAGGCUGUUUUCGGGUCUACUGGUCAGUGCUUGGGUGUGACCAAUGACCCCAGGCUUCUCUCAGGUGCAAAGGCCCAGUUUUGAAAGCUCCUGGGGUCAUCAAUUUGGCAAUCCUACAUACCAGCCAGCCCAUUCGGAAUGACAGGCUUACAAAAGAUGCUAGCUUUUCAUUACCCCUGCUCCUUUCUUUGUGACUUGGGUAAAAGAAGUUUGAGAAAACCAGGUUUAUGGAAGUACAUGCUCCUCUAACCACUUGUCCUGUCUCUGGAACCACAAGCUACUCCUUCCCUUCUUCCUUGGUGAUCCCAAAGAAGAAAAGCCUUAAGCCAGGAAACAUAUUCCUCACCUAUGAUUGUGCCGAGUGUACAGCAGAUGAAACACCAGCCAAGCAUAUGUCCCGCCAUUCACCAUAGCCAAUUUGCAUUAAGUUGUUUCACUGCCUUGGGACUGAGAGAUCUGAGGACAGAAAUACCUGCCAGUCUGGAUUUUUCGGUACACAGCACGGUAAAGAAAAUAAACUGCCCAGAAAUGUUGGCCCCCUUCCCAGGAUCAGAGUUUCUAUGCUGGAUUUAACCUGGGUUGUUGGGAUUUCAAACUGACCAUGUUAAACAAAAGGUUAACAUAAAUUCGCUAUAACAUAAAUUCUAUGUGUGAGGUGCUUGGAAAGGGUUUGGUCUUUGCUUGGCUUUUAGAAUUAAAACUGAAAGGGUGGGGUAGUGGGGAACCUGACGCUGGUCUAGUGUUAUCAUGCCUUGAUAGAUGUGUAACAAAGGUGACAGACCUUGGUUCUCACUUAAGAAAUGGUACGUGCCAAUGUGUGCAUGUGUUUUUGUGUAUGUGUGUUUAUGUGUGUGUUUGUGCCCACAUGUUUGUUUUAAACUCUUAUAGAUGGCAGACACUUGCUAUGGGGCAUGUCCCAUUCCCCAAACAGGUCCAUAUUUAUCUGUUUUGUACAGUCCCAUACAACUGACUUGGCCCAGCAUGCUGUGGAGGUUGACAUUUUGGUUUUUUGUUCCUGCACUCAGUUAUAUACAUGGAUCUGUUCUCACUAUCCUGCAUUGGUAUUUCCAUAAGACAGUAUUACACUUAAAUAAAAUAUUCAUUUUAUAAUCUUAAAAAAGUAAAUGAAUAAAGCUACCUAAAGUUAC